GAACAUACAAUCACUGUUCAUAAAAUAGCGAUCAAGAUAUUUCCCAUUCAGAUACAUUCAAAUACCUUUUCUUACCUCGACAUAAACAUCAUGUCGUCAUACACAAUAAAAUCUGACCGUCUAGCCCUAGAGCCUAUCAAUCUGGACAAGCACCUUCACGGCUGCCACAAAAUUCUAUCCGAGCCUCGUAUCGCAGAAUGGUCUACCCGAGCACCCAGUACUAAACUCGAGGAAACGAAAGAGAGGAUUAUGGAAAGUAUGGCCAGCGUCCAAUUUCCAAUGUGGGCAAUCAUGGCCCCGAAUCCAUCGUCUACUUCGGUACCUUUAGCGGAUGAGAGAGAAGGGCAAGAGAUGGAAAUGAUUGGUAUCAUUGGAAUAUCCCAUAAACCAGAAAAUGUGGGGUAUAAGAUCCAUCCAGAUCAUUGGGGUAAGGGGUACAUGACAGAAGCUUUGAGACUGUUUGUAGAGAUGUUCUGGACUCUUGAAGAAAAGAAGUCCUUGCCGCAAAUUAGAGCGGCUUAUACUCCUGGUAACGAUGCCAGUGCUAGAGUGCUCGAGAAAGUCGGUUUCCAGACCGGGGAACUACUGCGUGGGGAGAUUGAGUUAUGGUUUAAUCGUGGUCAGAAUCGGAAAAGUGAUAUUCAAUGCAUGUACAUAGAUCGUCCUAGGUCUAAUGAAUGAUUAAGCGGUCACUAUUUCCUCUCUCCUCUAGAAUAAAGUGUGAUGUCUUGGACUUGAUAUUCA